AUGCCGGAGACCGGGCAGGAGCCGCCCAGCGCCCCUCCGCCUCCCCCCAAGGAGUCCUUCUACAUCAAGAACCUGCUCAACGGCGGCCCCCCCAAGGCGCCCCCCAAGCAGCCGCGGGCGCUGUUCGCCCCCUCGGGCAAGGCGGCGGUGGACGGCGCCGGCUUCGCCCUCUCGCAGGUGGGCGACCUCGCCUUUCCCCGCUUCGAGAUCCCGGCGCCGCGCUUCGCCCUGAGCGCGCACUGCCUGGAGCGCGCCCAGACCUGGUGGUACCCCUACGCCCUGACGCCGGCCGGAGCGCACCUGCCCCGCACGGAAGCCGCAGAGAAAUCGCUGCUGAGGGACUCGUCCCCCGCCUCGGGCACCGACCGGGACUCCCCGGAGCCGCUGCUGAAGGCGGAGGGGGAGCAGAAGGAGCUGGACUCCAAGAGCCCCGACGAGAUCGUCCUGGAGGAGAGCGACUCGGAGGAGGCCAAGAAGGAGGGAGGCGCGGAGGACUGGAAGAAGCGGGAGGAGAGCCCCGAGAAGAAGCCGUGCCGCAAGAAGAAGACGCGCACCGUGUUCAGCCGCUCGCAGGUCUUCCAGCUGGAGUCCACCUUCGACAUGAAGCGCUACCUGAGCAGCUCGGAGCGCGCCGGCCUGGCCGCCUCGCUGCACCUGACAGAGACCCAGGUGAAGAUUUGGUUCCAGAACCGCCGCAACAAGUGGAAGCGGCAGCUGGCGGCCGAGCUGGAGGCGGCCAACCUGAGCCACGCGGCCGCGCAGCGCAUCGUGCGCGUCCCCAUCCUCUACCACGAGAACUCGGGCGCGGAGGGGGGCGCGGGGGGCGGCGGAGCCCCCGGCACGCAGCCCCUGCUCACCUUCCCUCACCCCGUCUAUUACUCGCACCCCGUGGUCACCUCCGUGCCGCUGCUGCGGCCCGUGUGA